GGGCAGCCAAGCUGAAUUGGUUUGCACUGUAUAGCACUUUUCAAAGCACUCUGACCAUCAUUGCAGGGCUCGCUCGAGUAGCGCACUGUGGGGUCAGGACACUAACUUGUGGGUACCUUGGGGUGGGUACUUUGCGCUAUAGUUUCGGGCGGGGUGCCGCCCAUAUCGUCUGCAGAACAACUUCCAUUCACGUUCAUAAGUUUGACCACCUGAAAGGAAAAGAAGCAGAAGCGGCAAGAAUUGGAACCAGCUGAUAUUUCAGCAGAACGAACGUCCCAUCAGACCAGUGAACCAAGAUACUUCCAACAUAACAAAUGGCUGCACCGGUCAAGACUGUUGCAAUUCUCGGCGCCAGUGGAAAUUUGGGAGCUGUACUCCUGGAUCAUUUCUCUGCGCAGGAGGACUCCCCAUUGAAGGUCACAGCCGUCACAAGAGAAGGGUCGGAUAGCAAGUUUCCAGACUCUUUAAAAGUAGCCUACACCGACUUCAGCUCUGCAUCACUUGAGCAGGUUCUCCGCGGGCAGGAUGUGGUCAUUGACCUGCUUCCACCAGAGGCCAAGGUGCCUCACGAACGCAUCAUUGACGCUGCCGUGAAGUCGGGGGUAAAGCGAUUCUUUCCCUCCGAAUAUGGCGUCCGGUCUUAUUAUCCAGAAUUUGCCGAGGUCGUGGCGAUAACGAAGAAGAAACGAUCCAUUGUCAAGUAUCUGGAGAAGACACAAGACAAGAUGAGCUGGACAGCCUUGCUGUGUAACCCCUGGACUGACUUUUGUGUGGUUGAUGGUCUUCUCGGCUUCGACCUGAAGAACAAGAAAGCCCAAAUCUACAACGGCGGCGAUGUACCCUUUUCUGCUGGCCUCCGCGAACUCGCCGGAAAGGCUUUCUACGCGCUCCUCACCAACGUAGAGCAAUUCGAGGAAGCAAAGAACCAGUACAUCCACAUAUUCUCUUAUACCACCACGCAGAACGAGAUUCUGGCUACGGUGGAGAACAUUCUGGGCGAGAAAUUCGAAGUUACCCACGUCAGGUCAGAGGAGGUACUUCCCCAGGCCGAGAUGGAGGCCAAAGAAGGUAAGAACCGGGGUCUAGCUGCUCAGGUGCAGGCAAUCUUUUACAGUCGGGACGCGAAAGGGAACGGAGUAGGCGACUUUCGGCCUCUUGGGGACUGGAGCGAACGCUUGAAGCUGCGACCGACAAACUUGGAGGACGACUUGAAGGGACCCCUUACGGGAAAUUGGAGAGGUAUUCUGCAUUGGCAACCUGAGGAGCUUCCCGACUAUAGCUUAACUGUCUAAUCCCAUCGAGUACGGGUUCGCUUGAACAAUGCAAUUGUCUGUACUAUUAUCCGUUUAUUAGCAUCCUAGUGCACUACAUCAGCACGAGUAACAGACUGUGCUAUAAUAAACUAUUGUGAC